AUGGACCCUGAUACAACUCAAUUAUCCAAAACAACCGAGGCCUUGCCCGAGUCGACGCCCAGUGUCGAACACACAGAAGCAAUGACACUCGACAACAAAAACUCCACCGCUGAUACACCAAGUGCGCCAAAUGCUGACGAGCUCGACGAAGAGGCUGCGCUCAAGAAUCUCACUGAAAAUGUUCGAGACCAAGACGAUUUGGAACGUGAUAUCACCCUACAAGCCAGCCGUGCCUUGAUCGAAGCCGAAGACAAGAGAGAUCAGAAACGCAUCGAAAAGGCCGAGGCCACUCGUGCGAGACUCGAAAACCAGAAGAAAACACAGCAACAGAAACUGCGGCCUGGCAUCACCAAUCCAACUGCACGAUUACGCAUACAACAGGAGAUAGCGCGAAUUGAUGCCGAAAUCGAACUUUGCGACAAAGACAUUGCCGAUUUCCGUGCCCGCAUCGAACAGCGCAACCAGCAGGGCGAGACGGGUACACUGGCCCCGGCCACCGGCAAAAUACUCCCUAACGAGACCCAACGAGAAUAUCUCAUCCGAACGGGCAAGAUCACGCCGUUUGCCAAAUUUGGUGGACCCAGACCUGCCGAGGUUGAAGGUGAACUCGCCAACGCCAUUGUCGAUGCAGAAGACGAGGCUGUCGCUGAAGAGCUGGAAGAAAAGGAAAACGACGGCCCUCGAUCCCAUCAAAAUCUUCGUCUCCCUGGCUUUGCCGACGAAAAUGAGGUCGCUACCGUAGCUGUCGCAGACGAAUUUUCUCUACGUUCUCGAAAGAGGCGUAGGGUCCAGCCGCCGCCCGAAUCCGACGAUGAGUUUGUGCCGGGAGAGUCUGGAUCUGAAGCGGCUUCUCCUGAGGCCGACGCAUCCGACGAUUACGAUGAUUAUGAAAUGGCGGGCAGCACACUCAAGAAGCGGAAGAAAGCAGUCAGAGAAGCCGAUGGUGAUGACAAGGUCGAUCUGAUCGGGAUCGAUGAUGGCAACGAAAAAGUCUAUCAAGCAAGAUUGAAAGGCUGGGUAACGCGCAGGAGCAAUGCACGACGGGCUCGUCAGCAGAGGCUCGGCCAGCCAAUUGAUAAGGAUGAUGAUGGGACAGAGGAAUGGUUCAAGCCAGCGCCUGACCAGCCUGACCACCAGUUCGAAAACGGGCUGAAAUUGCCAGGUGACAUUUACCCAGCUCUCUUCGACUAUCAGAAGACCAGCGUACAGUGGCUAGCUGAGCUGUACGCGCAGCAAGUUGGAGGUAUAGUUGGAGAUGAGAUGGGUUUAGGAAAGACUGCCCCGGCAACAGUUUUGCGUCAAUGGGUAAACGAGUUUCACCGCUGGUGGCCACCACUUCGAGUAUCCAUCCUUCACUCGUCUGGCAGUGGCAUGCUCAAUGUCCGCAACGAAGGAGCGCUUGAUGACAGAGAGGAUGACUACGGCAAGAGAAAGCCUAAAAAGUCCAGCCAGGCUGCAAAGAAAAUCGUCGAUCGCGUUGUUAAGCAUGGCCAUGUGCUGGUGACAACUUAUGCCGGUUUGCAGACGUACGGCGAUAUAUUGAUCCCGGUCGACUGGGGCUAUGCUGUUCUGGACGAAGGACAUAAAAUCCGAAAUCCAAACACAGCAAUCACCAUUUACUGCAAGGAACUUCGGACGCCCAACCGUGUGAUUCUUUCCGGCACGCCAAUGCAGAACAACUUGACAGAGCUAUGGUCUCUCUUUGAUUUCAUCUACCCCAUGCGUCUCGGCACCUUGGUUGCCUUUCGAAAUCAGUUCGAGAUCCCGAUCAAACUUGGCGGUUAUGCCAACGCAACCAAUCUUCAGAUCAUGACUGCUCAGAAAUGUGCAGAGACGUUGAAAGAGACUAUCAGCCCCUACCUACUUCAGCGGCUCAAAGUAGACGUGGCUGCCGAUUUACCCAAGAAAAGCGAACAGGUCCUAUUUUGUAAGCUGUCCAAGCCCCAGCGCGAGGCGUACGAGCUAUUCCUCAAGUCGGAUGACAUGACUGCCAUUCUCAACAGGACGCGCCAGUCCCUCUACGGUAUUGAUAUCUUGCGUAAAAUAUGUAAUCAUCCCGAUUUGCUUGAUCCGCGGCUCAAAGAUGAUCCCUCUUACAAGUGGGGCAGUACCAGCAAGUCGGGGAAAAUGGCAGUGGUGAAGUCAUUACUUCCCAUGUGGAAACGUCUAGGCCAUAAAACGCUGUUGUUCUGCCAGGGUACUCAAAUGCUGGACAUCAUCGAGGCAUUUGUGAGGCGCCAGGAUGGCAUCAACUACCUACGUAUGGAUGGCAAGACGCCCGUCAAAGAUCGGCAGACGCUUGUCGACCAGUUCAACAAUGACCCGGACUUACAUCUCUUCCUUUUAACCACCAAAGUGGGCGGACUUGGCACCAACCUGACGGGAGCUAACCGGGUCAUCAUCUUUGACCCAGACUGGAACCCAUCAACCGAUGUCCAGGCCAGAGAACGUGCAUGGCGGUUGGGACAAAAGAAGGAAGUCACUAUUUACCGGCUUAUGACAGCUGGAACCAUCGAAGAAAAAAUCUACCACCGCCAGAUCUUCAAGCAGUUCCUGUCAAACAAGGUAUUGAAGGACCCGAAGCAGCAGACCUCAUUCAAUUUAAAUGACCUUCAUGACCUGUUCAGUCUAAGCUCGUAUGAAGACGGGAAGACCGAGACAGCAGAGCUAUUUAAGGGCAGUGAAGUCAAACGCCUGCCUUCAGGACCCACGGAGAUAGUCUUGCCUGGUAACGACACGCCAGUUCUCCGGGCCCCUGGAGCCAGCAAACCAGUGGAAGUCAAGGACGAAUCCACAAGUGAGGACGAGACAAGCAACCUCCGUCAUCUUGAAGGAGUUGCAGGAUUGGAAACAUUCAACGACGAUGGACCGGCCCCUGCACCGAACGAGGAGGACCGUCUGAUGGAGGGUAUCUUUGCACGUUCCAUUCACAGCGCUCUGGAACACGACGAGAUCAUGAACGGCAAAAAGCCAACGGUCAAGGCAGACCGCAGAAUUCUCCAAGCAGAGGCGGACCGAGUUGCUGCUCAAGCGGCCUUGGCUCUCCGCCGUGCGGGUGAGGAAGCCAGAAAUGUGCCCAUCGGCACGGUCACUUGGACGGGCGAGUACGGCGAAGCUGGUCGUCCGGCGCCCCGUCAUGAACGCGGAGGUUCCAGCUCAGUAGGUGUUCGCGGUGCAGCAGGCGGUGCGGGUCCGUCGAGAGCGUCGAGACCGGCGACACCGUCUGAUAACAGAAACCUGAAAGCAGAGGACUUUGAAAGAAUGAUUCCGGCGUUCAUUAAACGACAUGGUGGCAGGGUCCCAUCGAAGUCGCUCGUCGACCACUUCAAUCACUAUUGCACGGGAGCGAGACAGGCAGAUAUGUUCAAGGUUGCUUUGGAGAAGGUGGCCAAGUUAGAGAAGAAGGGGUCGAGCAUGCGUGGCAUUUGGACUGUUCGUCCGGAGUAUCAGUGAUGUUCUUUCGGACAAUGCACGGAUAAGGUUCACAAUGGCAGCCAGAGGUAUAAGGGCGGUUUUGAUCUCGAACUUGCCAAGACGGACUGGAAUCCUGAACUACAUCAAUGGAUUUGUACAAUAUUUAGAUGGUGGUCUGGAGAAGAUUAUGGAGGACAUCAUUGGGGUAUGUAUGCCUGGGAGCUUACACCACCUUGGAAGAGAAUGGAUGGUUUAUCGCGUCGCCUUUU